AUCAAGUUGUUGUUCAGAGUGAAGGGGAAACAGUCGCACACGGCUCCUGUCAGUAGUCGUGGCCGAGUUCAUCUUGAUAGGUGAGUUCUUAUGUCUGCGUCAGUGCGUGGACCGUGGCAGUGAUGAUACAAAUAUACGCAUGCCUGUUCUUAUCACUGGCUUCCAUAAAACGUCGUUAAGAUACCACACCGCCAAGGCGACUUGUAGAUCAUAGUGGGAACGUUGACCUCUAUAUGAGGUCACGGGUCAGGCGUCAGCUUGGAAGUACUGACAAGCACUGAACAGAGAAAAAGGCCGUUCUUUUAAGGUUAGUCCAUCGUUCUUGACUGUCAUCGUCAGCGUGUUCGGUUUCAAUAGACGGACUGUACGUUGUAAACUCGGUUCAUACCGGUUAGAAUCCCUGACAAUAGAUGGGCUGGCGUUUUAACGGGUCAAGUUAAGGAAUAUAUAUAACAGGACAGUACUAGUGCCGUGGUUAAGAGCCACAGCUAGAAGUCCUGCUUCAGUCGCUGUUCUUGACUUUAUAGUUCCCCUGGAGGCGUUCGACGUGGAAUAUUGGGGAUAUUGUACUGUUGCCGGUUCUUGCUGGAGACCGUGCCUAAGAGACGUAGAUCAACCCCGAUGACCAGCCUACCUGUAGUUUGAAGAUAGUCUGAUAUCCGAAAUAACCUCGGGCGGCGGUCCAAAAUGAAGUGCUGUUGUUUCUGCUGUACUCUCCGCCAGGGGUCGUAUGCAUGCGGUGUUUGGUCCCUGGUCUGGGGUAUUAUGGAAUUCGGGUAUGCUAUUUACGGAAUCGCUACAGUCAAUCACUUUGCCAAUCCCCAUGGCAACGAGACACAUUCGAUAGACGUCGUCAAGGACAACGUUGUGUUCCCGAGACCGGAGUUGCUGGUUUCUUUAAUCCUCAGCGCCUGUUGGCUCAUCAGUGCAGUGGUUCUAUUAGUGGGCGUGUCCUCGCGCCAUCGAUGGAUGUUCAUACCUUGGUUGCUUCUCACUGGCCUCCAUGCCAUCAAUGACGUCAUUAAUAUCAUCUUAAUCUUUGUCUUGAGAGUACCACAAGUAUUUGACUGGGUUAUGGUUGCUGUAACUAUCGUCAUGUUGGUGGGAAAUAUAUACUGUAUACUGUGUGUUAGCUACUACUUCAAAGAAGUUCCCAAAGAUAAGAAAAAAAGAGACGAUAUACAGCUAGACGAGAAAAAAUCAAGAACAUCCAAACAGGAGAAAACAUACCAUCCGGUGCCUGAACAGGAUCCGGUGCCUGAACAGGAUCCAGUAGUCAUAGACGAUAGCCAACAGCAUCCUAUACUAGAUAAAGUGUAAAUUUAAAACACUCGGGACACAACCGGUGUUGAUAGCAGGAAGAAUAGUCCGUUGAUCCCAUUAGCUGCAUUGACAAAUACAACAUAACAACAAUAUCCCCAUACAAUAUGUUGGCAGCGAAAAACAUGAUCCAAUUAUCCAGGUUACCCUCUGAAUAUGAUAGCGUAUCCAUAUUUUCUCUACAACUAAUCAAAUUGAAAUGUUUUACCCAAGGCACUUUCACAAAGAAUACCUCAGAGCCUUUUAUAGGGAGUUUUUAUUGACAAAAUGAUGCCGUCUAAUCUGGCGUGUGAAAUACGAACCGGUCACCAAUAGUGACAAUGUGACAUAUUACAGAUAAACAUGGCACCUUACCUCCGUUAUACGUAGGAACUUAUGUGGUUAUUUAUAUGUGGCCCUUUUGUUUACUCUU